UGUGAGGAGCAAAAUCUGGAAAGCAAAGGAAGAGGAUUACUAGUUAUUUAUAAACAACACACGAAGUAUCUGUCAUUUAAGACAAAAAUGGAGCCGUCAGCCAGUCCAGCGAAGGAUAACCACAGGAUGAACAGCUACAAGAACAAAGCCCUGAAUGUGGAGGAGAUGAGGCGCAGGAGAGAGGAGGAAGGAAUCCAGCUUAGGAAGCAAAAACGAGAGCAACAGCUCUUCAAGAGGAGAAACGUUGACAUGUUGAACGAGGAGGGAGGCAUGUUUGAGAGUCCACUGGUCGACUCGUAUGUGGACUCCACAGCCACAGAGGAAGGAGUCCUGACUAGACACCUGGUGGAGAUGCUCUUCUCAGAGGACCCAGAGCUCCAACUCACCACAACACAGACGUUCAGGAAACUACUGUCCAAAGAACCCAAUCCACCUAUUGACGAGGUCAUCAACACCCCAGGCAUUGUAGAGAGGUUGGUAGAGUUCCUGAAGACGAGCGUCAACUGCACAUUACAGUUUGAGGCGGCGUGGGCGCUGACCAACAUAGCAUCAGGUACGUCCAUGCAGACUAACAUAGUAAUCGAGGCGGGAGCAGUACCCAUCUUCAUAGAACUACUCAACUCUGACGUUGAAGAUGUUCAGGAACAGGCAGUGUGGGCUUUGGGUAACAUAGCAGGGGACAGUGCAGUGUGCAGAGACUACGUACUCAACUGUAAUAUCCUACCACCACUAUUAAUGCUUCUGACCAAAUCCACCAGACUGACCAUGACUAGGAAUGCAGUGUGGGCUCUGUCUAACCUGUGCAGGGGAAAGAGCCCCCCACCUGUAUUUGAGAAGGUGUCCCCCUGUCUGCAAGUCCUGUCUAGACUGUUGUUCAGCAGUGAUCCAGACCUGUUAGCGGACGCCUGCUGGGCCCUGUCCUACCUCUCUGAUGGACCCAACGAGAAGAUCCAGGCUGUCAUCAACUCCGGCGUCUGCAGGCGCCUCGUAGAGCUGCUCAUGCACACAGACUACAAGGUGGCGUCUCCUGCUCUGAGAGCAGUGGGGAACAUCGUUACAGGAGACGACAUCCAGACACAGGUGGUGUUGAACUGUUCAGCCCUUCCCUGUCUGCUCCACCUCCUGAGUAGUGCUAAAGAGUCUAUCCGGAAAGAAGCCUGCUGGACCAUCUCCAACAUCACAGCUGGCAACAGGGCUCAGAUACAGACGGUGAUCGAUGCCAACAUCUUCCCUGUGCUGAUCGACAUCCUGCAGAAGGCAGAGUUUAGAACCAGGAAGGAAGCAGCCUGGGCCAUUACUAACGCCACGUCCGGAGGAACACCAGAACAGAUCAGGUACCUGGUGAACCUGGGCUGUAUCAAGCCUCUGUGUGACCUGUUGACAGUGAUGGACAGUAAGAUAGUCCAGGUGGCCCUGAACGGUCUGGAGAACAUUCUGAGACUGGGAGACCAAGAGGCCAAGCAGGAUGCAGGACCCAGCGGUACCGGCAUCAACCCUUACUGCUCUCUCAUAGAGGAGGCCUAUGGUCUAGACAAGAUAGAGUUCCUUCAGAGCCAUGAGAACCAGGAGAUCUACCAGAAGGCCUUCGACCUGAUAGAGCACUACUUUGGAGUGGAGGAGGAGGACCAGAGCCUGGCUCCUCAGGUGGACCAGGCCAACCAGCAGUUCCUCUUCCCCCAGCAGGAGGCUCCCAUGGAGGGCUUCCAGCUAUAACGCCCUCCCUGCCCUCUGGUUCAUCCAAACAUCGCUCAUACCCACAGAUCCCAUUUGGAAGGCUUUCAGAUAACAUCUACCCCCGUAUCCCCUAUCAAUGGAGGGCUUUCAGAUAGCAUCUACCCCCCACCCCCAUAUCCUUUCAGAUAACUUCUACCCCCAUAUCCCCUACCAAUGGAGGGCUUUGAGUUAAAUUAGCGUCCCUGUGUCCCUCCACCCUCCACGUCCAACCACCACCUAUAUGCCCCAGCCCGUGGCUCGCUCUUUUACCCCAACCCCUACAAAUGGAGGGUUUCCUGUGCACUAUCCUUUCUCCAUUGUGACCUUCCAUGCUCAACCAUCAUCCAGCCCGUAUCCCCAACCCCCAUGGAUCUCCCUCCGAUUCCAUGGAAGGCUUACAGCUGUGACUCUUUAUCCAACCCCGUGAACGUGGCUCUACCUACCCGAACAGAUCAGACACUUCUAACAGAACACCACGUCUCUGCUGAGGAGCCAAUCGGAGAGCUGAACUCACACCACAUGACCUGAUAAAACAAAGCUCUUCCUGAUCAGUGAUCACACACUGGUUUGGGUCCAGUCCAGGUUUGAAACGCACAGAUACAAUGAGAGAUACUGCCAGUACUGUUGAUACCCUGAUUGUUCUGACAGUAGCGGUGGUUGGGUUUGUUUUGGUUUUUAGUGCUCCCCGUCUGCCCAUAGGGAUGUCCUUCUUCAGGAUGUGGGGGUCAAAUCUGACCUAGUGUGAGGAGCAUUAUUUAAGUUCUACCCCUUUUUCUUUUACGACAAGUGUCUUCCUUGCCCUUAUUUAUCAGUUUCCAAUCGUUUAGCUUUUGUCAGCCCUGUUUCCCCCCUGGCCUGUUCUAAAACAGAUCUCAGUGUACCACCUGAAGUCUAGUGUCCCCAGACUGAAGACUGGCUUCUUUACUGUUAACAAUAGAACAACACAGCUGUAUUCUAAACUCAGAGGCCAAACCCUCAUUCACAUUGGUUUCUGUCUAUAUCAGACAUACAGGGUUCCACUAAGCAAUUCUGGGGAUUCUUAGGAAUUCUAGAACUAUGAUUUGGAGUGUAGAGCCAAGGUUCUCCCCUUCUAGAACUAUGAUUUGGAGUGUAGAGCCAAGGUUCUCCCCUUCUAGAACUAUGAUUUGGAGUGUAGAGCCAAGGUUCUCCCCUUCUAGAACUAUGAUUUGGAGUGUAGAGCCAAGGUUCUCCCCUUCUAGAACUAUGAUUUGGAGUGUAGAGCCAAGGUUCUCCCCUUCUAGAACUAUGAUUUGGAGUGUAGAGCCAAGGUUCUCCCCUUCUAGAACUAUGAUUUGGAGUGUAGAGCCAAGGUUCUC